AUGCAGUACGCUCCUUUUGCCUCGGACAUUGAGCUCCCAUUCUAUACAGCUCUAGCUACAUUGAAAAUAGACCGUGACAAACUCGAUGACUCUGCUCGCAAAGUAUUAGGCCUGUACGAACUGCGCUCCACGGACGCACCGAAUAAUUCUUGUCGGAUGCAGAUACAUGGAAAUGCCCUCACCAGCGACGAUGUACCGGAAGGUUAUUACAGAGCUGAAGGGACGAUCAAAAAUUUUAAUACUUUUGAAGAAUACCGCGAUAUCGAUAAGCCUCAGAUGUUGCAACAAGCCGGGCAAACGGUCAGCCUCACGGUGCAAAAGAUACGGGAUGCCAUAGAGGACGGCAGCAUCUACUUGUGUCCGUCAAAAUUAUCUUCCUUCAUGAUACUGUCUUUCGCAGAUCUUAAGAAGUAUAAGUUCCACUACUGGUUCGCGUUUCCUGCACUUCAUUCAACCCCUUCCUGGACUCCUGUACCAUAUUCUGGGCAGAUCGUCGGUGAUACUCCGGUUGAACCGAUGAAUAGGGCACCAUUCAAGGCUUUAUCCACUCUUGAAAGUUCGACUCUUGUGGAGGCAGUGCAGACCUGGUCCCGCAGCGUCGAAGCUUGUCAGCGAGGCUUCUUCCUCGCAAGGAAGUAUUUCGAGCUUGAUGGCAGACCUGGGCAUGAUGCCAAGGGGAUGCCCGAAACAGCAGAUGGGACAUUGGUGGCUAGUUCACAGCAGAGCACCGGACACAACUGGAAGAUUGCUUCUCUAGCAAGUUAUGAGAGCGGGUUUUUCGAUGGGGCGCCAUUCGAGGAUAGCUUCGUUUGUUUUGCCGAUCCUUCGAACUACGACGAUGCGCCGGGUUGGAUGCUGAGGAAUCUACUAUUUCUCAUCAAGCGACGUUGGGGUCUACGAAGAGCCCAGAUUUUGAGGUAUCGCGAUACACGUCGCGAGAAUGGUCGCAGCAUGGUAGUCACAAUGGAAUGCAAGGCUCAGCCGGUGUCACACCCGGGGAGUUCUCCUGAAACAGUGAACGGUGCGCCCAAAGUAACUGGCUGGGAACGGAAUUCAGCGGGAAAGCUGUCAGGGAGAUUAGUGGACCUGACAGAGUAUCUGAAUCCCAAGAGGCUGGCGGAUCAGUCCGUUGAUCUCAAUCUGAAACUCAUGAAAUGGAGGAUCAGCCCGGAUCUCGAUCUUGAGAAGAUCAAACGCACCAGAUGCCUCUUACUUGGAGCUGGGACAUUAGGAAGCUAUGUUGCUCGAAAUUUAAUGGCUUGGGGAGUUACGAAGAUAACGUUCGUGGAUAACGGAAACGUAUCUUUUUCAAAUCCGGUGAGGCAGCCACUUUUCAACUUUAAAGACUGCCUAGAAGGUGGCGCUAGAAAGGCAAUUCGAGCUGCGCAAGCCCUGUCGGAAAUCUACCCUGGUGUUGAGGCUACCGGGCAUGUUCUUUCGGUGCCAAUGGCUGGCCAUCCUAUCACAGACACGGAGAAGACACGAAAAGAGUUCGGUAUUCUCAAGGCUCUAGUAGAUGAGCACGACGUUAUUUUCCUUCUUAUGGACACGAGAGAAUCGCGCUGGCUCCCAACAGUCAUUGGUAAGGCGGCGGGGAAGAUUGUGAUGAAUGCAGCGCUUGGAUUCGAUUCUUUUGUGGUCAUGCGACACGGCGUCAGAAACGAUGCAGACCCAACAUCAGAGCUUGGUUGCUACUUUUGCAAUGACGUAGUUGCGCCGAUGAACUCUGUAAGAGAUCAGACACUUGAUCAACAAUGCACCGUCACUCGACCAGGUGUAGCCACAAUAGCUUCAGCCUUGACGGUUGAGCUGCUCAUUUCACUUCUGCAGCACCCUCAAGGUGCUGCGGCCCCAGCUGCUUUGCCAAACGAUGACCGCGGUUCUCACCCUCUUGGUCUGGUGCCACACCAAAUCAGGGGAUUUCUUUCGUCCUUCGAAAACAUUUCGGUUAUAGGAAGAAGCUAUGACUGUUGUAGUGCCUGCUCAAUAAAUGUCGUUAACGCAUACAAUGAACACGGCUGGGAAUUUGUGGUAAAAGCUUUGAACGAGCCCGGAUAUGUGGAGGAGUUGAGUGGUCUUAGGGAGGUCAGUCACAGCAACCCUCUUUUAACCUAA